UCUUUUCUAGAAACCUCUAAUUUAUCAUUUAUAAAAGUCUCCGAGUCUCCUCUCACUUGGCGUGGUAGCAGUAGCAGUGGUCCACUCUCUCUUCCAUUCGCAAAAUCCAUAAAUGGGAAGAGGAAGAGCUCUUCUUCUGCUUCUUCUAGUAACCCUCACUUCUCUCCUUUUCUUCCGCUCUGCUUCCUCUGAGAUCUUCUUUGAGGAGCGAUUCGAGGAUGGGUGGAAGAGCCGGUGGGUCUUAUCGGACUGGAAGAGGAGCGAAGGGAAAGCGGGCACAUUUAAGCACACGGCAGGAAAAUGGUCUGCGGAUCCUGACGAUAGAGGUCUUCAGACAUAUAAUGAUGCAAAGCAUUAUGCAGUAUCUGCAAAGGUACCAGAGUUCAGCAAUGAGAAUAGAACUCUCGUAGUCCAGUAUUCAAUAAAGUUUGAACAGGACAUUGAAUGUGGUGGUGGUUACAUCAAGCUUCUUUCUGGAUAUGUCAAUCAGAAGAAAUUCGGUGGUGACACUCCUUACAGUUUCAUGUUUGGACCAGAUAUAUGUGGCUCGCAGACAAAAAAGCUCCAUGUUAUACUUUCUUACCAGGGGCAAAAUUAUCCCAUUAAAAAGGAUCUACAAUGCGAAACAGACAAGUUAACUCAUUUUUACACCUUUAUUCUUAGGCCUGAUGCAAGUUACAGCGUCUUGAUUGACAAUCGAGAAAGGGAUUCUGGUAGCUUGUAUACAGAUUGGGAUAUCCUUCCUCCAAGGAAAAUUAAGGAUGUCAAUGCAAAAAAGCCUGCAGACUGGGAUGAUAGAGAGUACAUUGAUGAUCCUAAUGAUGUCAAACCAAAGGGAUAUGAUUCAAUUCCAGCUGAAAUUCUCGAUCCAAAGGCCAAAGAGCCUGCUGACUGGGAUGAAGAGGAAGAUGGAAUAUGGAAGCCACCUAAGAUUCCCAAUCCAGCAUACAAAGGACCAUGGAAGCGCAAGAAAAUCAAGAACCCCAAUUAUAAGGGGAAGUGGAAGAAGACUGCAUGGAUUGAUAACCCAGAGUUUGAGGACGAUCCCAACCUUUAUGUGCUCAAGCCAGUAAAAUAUGUAGGCAUUGAAGUUUGGCAGGUAAAGGCUGGUUCAGUUUUUGACAACAUUUUGAUUUGUGAUGACCCAGAGUAUGCAAAACAAGUAGUAGAUGAGAUAUUUGCGAAUAGAGAGAUUGAAAAGGAUGCCUUUGAGGAAGCAGAGAAAGAGAGAAAAGCCAGGGAAGAAGAGGAAGCUAAAAGAGCUAGAGAGGAAGGUGAACAGAGGAAGAGGGAUAGGGAUCGUCGGUAUGGAGAUAGAAGGCGCCACAGGAGGCAUGAUCCACGGGAUUACAUGGACGAUUACCAUGAUGAACUCUAAGGCAUCCAAUGCAAUUUUCACACUUGUAUCACAUCUAGGCAAAAGCAAGUGUUUAACAUUUCGAGAGAAGCGUAGUUAUUUUCGACGGAAGGAUGUCCGCCCUGUGUUGUUGUAUGGUUAAUGUUGUAAAACUGAUUGUGGAGGAGGCGGCUGUGGUGUUAGAUCAGUUAAAGCUUGGAUCCAUUAAAGCUGGUAUUACGGGCCUCCACCAUGGAUUUAUGGUGUAUGUUGGGAACAGGAUCGAAUUUGGAUUUUGUAUCUGAUGUUCAUUUGAGACCAUAAACAAUUAGCUUUAA